AUGAUUGCAAGAAAAAUAGAAUGUCCUUGUAAAAAUGUCUCUAUGUCUGUUAUAAGAAAUGAAGAAAAUAUUAAAAAUCCUUUUGACUGUGAAAAUGUUAAAGAAAUUAUUAAUGGGACAAUUACGAGUAAAUAUAACUUUUUAGUCCAAACACGUAAUAAUGAAAAUUGGACUAUUUUAAAAUGCCUUCACUGCAAAUGUGAUAUUUGUGCCAGUGAAAGAGAUGAUCCCAAAACGAUUAUUGUUUUUAAGUGUAACGAAAAUGCAUUAAAAGAUGGUAGAUAUUCACAAACAUAUGGGGUUAUAUUGAGACAUCACUCCACAGAAGAGGGUUUUGUUGGAGAUGAAGAACGUCGUGAAAUAGCGAAAAUACGUCAAAGAAAGAUUGACGAGUUAUACAAUGAAAAAGAAAGAAAAAUUGCUGAGUAUGUAAAAAAAAUUGAAGAAAGAUAUGAGUUUGAUAAAGAAGUUAUUGAAGAAGAAGAAAAAGAUAUGUUAUGUGCAUGCUCUGCAGAGGAGACAUUUGUUGAACAACAAGAAGAAGAAAGUUACUUUAAUUUGGAUGUAGAAAAUCCAUUUGGAGAGGUUCCAAUAAAAGAAGAUGGAGUUGUUAUACGUACUAGUGCAAAACAGUCUAUUGACAAAAGAACACCAAGAAGAUUAAGUAGUCACGUCAUAGAUAUAAAAAAAACAACAGACAAGGUAGGAUUCAUUGACUUAAUGGAUUUAACUCAAAAGAAAGCUGAUUCAAUUAGAAUUUCAAGAAGUCUAACAACUGAAGGUAAAGAGGAAGAAGAAGAAGAUUCAAAUGAUAAUUUUCCAAAUACAUUCCAAGAAUAUACAUUAACAAGAAAAGAAACGAAUGAAGUUCCAAUGUCUAGUUCUCAUAUGAGUUGCAAGAGUUAUAAAUUAUUAUUUUAA